AUGGCAGCGUCCAUUCGGAAAAUGACAACGGUAAAAUCAAAGCUAUGUUUAGGUGUCAGGGUGGCACCACAGCUUUCCGGUCUGAAAACACCUCACUCUAGCUCAAGAUACAUAUGGACUCUAACGCCAUGCAUAAGAAAUGGACGAAAAUAUGGCACAUCCGUCAAACAACAUCUCAUAUCUGUUAGCGGGUCAUCACAACAACAACAACAUAAUGUUAUAAGGUCAAGAAUGUCAGGGCAGUUGAAUUCGCCAGGGUUGGGUAUGUCUUCACGUGCUAUCAGUGCCUGGUGCUGCAGCGGGCCAACAAUGACAAUGAGCUCUGUGAAUUUUUUGUCGUUUUACGGUUGUCAAACAAGAAAUUUCUCAAGUGAUAGAGACGACCAGGACGAAGCACCGAAACCGGCUGGGCGGCGUCAAAUGAAGCUAAUGGACUUCCAAGAAAUCAUUUGGCCUAGUCCUCUGAAAUCGUUGAGAAACCAGUUCUUUUCAUUGUUGAUUAAGAGUUAUUUUGACAGGACAUUUUCUCUCCCUGGUUUUCUUAUUGGAGCGUCUCAGGCACUGGAAUUUGUAUCAAGCUGUAUAUCCAGGGGUAAUUUUGAUGACCUGGAAGGAUUAGUGACAUACGAAGCUAUCCAGGAAAUACAAAACAACUUUGCAGAUUUAAACCUUGAAGAGAAAAGAAAGCUUUCUGUCAAAGCCUCGGACAUAUUUUUCAAAUUUGUGUAUGAAAUUGGAAUGAUUUUCGAUGAUGACACAAACCAGAGAUUUGUGGAAAUCACAGUGGUGUUCCAGGGCUUCCCGGGGUUUGAGGAAGUCAGUCAGAAGAGUGGACCGCAGUAUUAUGAACAUGUCAUGGAGAAUCAGAAGGAGGUGUAUGUCUGUAAUUACAGAUUUAUACGUGAAUUCACAAAAGGAGUUGAAAGUGAUUGGACAAUAAACAAGCUUAAUCAUUUCUCGCCUAUUAACGUGCCGGUGAAGUGGUGAAAUUCUGACUCUAUCGAGUGGAAAGAUAACUGUCAUAGUGCUGAAUUAAUGAAAUUUACCUGUGCAACUUUGAAAGUGAAAUAUAUUCAGUUGUAAUCCUUCAUGUAGUCCUAGGAGUGGACACAUUGAUGACAUUUUAUACCUCUGAAGAAGUGAAGUGAUGCAGUGUUUAAUGAAUUUCGCAGAUGAUGAAGUUGUACCUGUGAAGUGAUAAAUUUGAAAGAUGUUCGGUAUCAGGACAAGAACUUUCUCCUUGUGUGAGAUGAAUUUCCUGGCUGAUGAAGUUGUACCUGUGAAAUGAUGAAGUUGAAAUAAAAAGCAGUACUACAAGAACAUUGCCUGGCUGAUGAAGUAUCUCUGUGAAGUGAUGAAGCUGAAAACAUGCAGUAAGACAAGAAUAUUUUUCCUUGGAGUUGAUGGAAUGUCUGUCCCUGAUGAAGUUUACCUUUGAAGUGAUGAAGCUGAAAAUAGGCAGCAGGACAACAACUUUCUCCUUGGUGUUGAUGAAAUACAUAUCUGAUGAUGUCAACCCAUUAAAGUGAUGAAGCUGAAAAUAAGCUGUAGGACCAGAAUGUUCUCCUUGGUGUUCAAACAAAUAACUAUUAAUGUGAUGAUGUUAACCUGUGAAAUGAUGAAACUGAAGGAAGCAUUAGGACAAAGGCUUUCUCUUGGAGUUAGAUGAAUUUCCUGGCUGAUGAAAUUUACCUGUGAAAUGAUGAAACUGAAAAGAAGCAGUAAGACAAGAAUAUUAUUUUGAUGAGGCCACUGUUAAUUAAUUGUUAGUUGCUCAUGACCCCUCUCUCACAUUAAAUUUCACGUAAAAUAAUAUAUAAACAUUGCAUAAUUGGUACUUUCCUGAGCAAUAUGUUUUUUCUCGAUUUACCAAUAAUAUUACUUUUACAUAAUAAUAAUUGCCACAUUUGACAUGUUCGUGUAUUCAGCAUUCAAGACGAGUUCUGUAUAAUACAAACAGGAAGAUGUGUAAUUGUAGACGGCUCAGUUGGUUAGCACGCUAGUGCAGCAUAAUGACACAGGAGCCUCUCACCAAUGUGGUCGCUGAGAGUUCAAGUCCAGCUCAUGCUGGCUUCCUCUCCGACCAUACGUGGGAAGGUCUGCCAGCAACCUGGGGAUUAUUGUGGGUUUCCCUCGGGCUCUGCCCCUCGGGUUCCUCCCACCACAAUGCUGGCCGCCCUCAUAUUCUUGCGUACAGCAUAAAACACCAAUCA